UACUGAUCUUUUACAAAGGGUAGACCUUCUAUCCCUGCAAAUAAGACGUUUAAGAUCAAUUGCUAUUGAAACUUUUAAAAUCAUAAAUGAAAUUUCUCCACCUUUGUUAAAUGAUUCAGUUGUAAAGAGACAGUCAACCAUAAAUUUUAGAUAUACCAAUAUUUUACAGAUACCACAGGUACGCACAACAUAAUAUGGUAAAAAUUCCUUUAGAUAUGCUGCCCCCUCGCUGUGGAACUCCCUACCGGAAGAAAAUGUACAAAUGUUUCGCAAUUUAAAACUUUAAUUGGAUCAUGGAAUGGCAAAAUCUGUAUGUGCAAAAGCUGUAGAGUGAAUGGGAUUUCCACAGCAAGGGAGCAUCACAUCAUUUAGUUCUAAGUUCAUUUUCUACUUUAAUGUUAUAUGGUGUUAGUUUUUUGCUUAGCUUUGUAUGCGUUGUGUGCUUCGUGUGCUUUGCAUGCUCUGUAUGUUUUAUAUGCAUUAUGUGCUUUGUACGCUUUGUAUACAUCGUGAGCUUUGCAUGUUCUGUGUGCUCUGUAUGCCUUGUAUACUUUGUUUGCUUUGUAUGCCUUGUAUAUUUUGUAUGCUUUGUGUGCUUUGUUUGCUUUGUAUGCCUUGUAUGCUUUGUAUACUUUUUGUGCUUUGUAUACUCUGUGUGCUGUGUAUGCUUUGUAAGUUUGGUUUACUCUGCAUGCUAUGUGUGCUUUGUAUGUUUUGUACGCUCUGCAUGAUGUGUAUGCUCUGUAUGCUUCGCAUGUCCUGUAUGCUUUAUGUGCUUUGUAUGCUCAGUAAACUUAAUGUGCUCGUUUCUGCUUUAUGUUACAUGCUUUACAUGUUUUUACGUAUAUAUGCUUAUAAAAUGCUAAAUGUCAAGUAAAAACGCCGUAUUAUAUAUGCUUUAUACUUGAAACAAUUGUUUAAACCUAUUACCAAUUUUACGAGAAAUGAAGUGGAUAUGUUAUUCUUUUUUAUUAAGUAAUUAUCAGACUUUUAAGCAGACAUACCUGAACCUUUUAAAUUGCCAUGUCUGAUGUUAUAAUAUCAUGCUAUAUAUUUUAUGCAUAUUUGCCUUUUAAUUACAAAAUUGUUUUCAGUAUUUCAGCUUUUAUACACUUGUUAUCCUUAUUCAUCAUGUUUUAUAGUCGGUUGUACAAGCUGCCUGAGUUUAUGUUUGUUGUUAAACUCUUGCCGACUCAAAAAACAAAAAAAUGAAUGGAAUACCUUUAAAGAAUAACCGUAUAGACUGAGGCGAUAAUUUAUCAAAACGAAAAUUAUACAAGUAAUGAUAAAAAGCUGCGUUAUCUAUACAAGCGUAUAUUAUUCAAAAUAAAUAGAACGAAGCUUACAAAUAAUUCGAUCGAAAAGAGAAAAAAUAUUUAUAAAGUUGAACGAUAUAAACCCGAUGAGCUAUGCAUUUAGCUGAGACAGAAAAGGUACAUCGGGUCACGUAAUUCAGAAGCGAUGACAUGAUGACGCCACCAGUAACGAAAUUAAAUAUUAUAUAAUGGGGAGAACUGUAAACUCGAAUUACUUAUUAACCCAUUAUUGCCUAGUGGACUCUCCCAUCCUUCUAAAUUGAACAAUUUAUUUCCAAAAUUAGGGAUGUCUAGUAUAUUUAUUUCUAUAUUUAGAAUUUUUUUUACAGAAAUUCCUUCAAGCAAACAGCACACGCCCUGAUGAGACGCCGCAUCAUGCGGCGCCUCAUCAGGGUCUACUCAGUUUGCCAAGGCCUUUUUUCUAGACACUGGGCAUAAAUGGGUUAAACCAGCUGUGUUUAUUGAACAUUUUUGAAGCAAACUUAAGAAAGGGUCAUUCCAUUAAUAAUUCCAAAUUUUAAGAGAAGAAAGAUAUAGUAAAUCGAAAAAUAACAAGUAUGUGUUUUGUGUACGUCAGCAUCAUAUUCUUUUGAUAAAAAACAUUAAGUUCAAAACAGGUCUAGAGAAGCUUAUAUUCUCUACAACGAAAUAAGAAUCUGAUCAAAAUCGAGCUUAUAAAGUUGUUAACAGAAUAAUCUGCUUAGUAAUCGAAGAAACAUAUAUUUCCCUCCAAUUACAGAAGUUAUAUGCUUUUAUUGCCGUCAAUAAUUUAUAUCAAGUACCGUUGAAUUUAUAUUUCCGAAACUAAUUGUUGUCAAUAACAGUCCGGAAAUUAAUCCAAUUAAACUUCCUCGAGCUGUCUCGUAAUGUUUUCGCCAUUUAGACUGCAAACAUGAAGUACAUGUGCGUAGUGUGUUUUAUUCUAAGUGACAUGUGUACUAUGUUACAAAUAGAUUUUGAAUCAAAACCGUUUGUAACGAUUUGGAAUGUUCCGUCAGAAAAAUGUCUGCGUUCGUUUGGAGUGGAUAUUGACCUCAGCGCAUUUGACAUCGUCGUAAACACUGGUGGUACGUUUGAAGGCGACAACAUGGUGAUAUUUUAUGAACUUGGACUGUAUCCGUACAUCGAUGAUGAUGGGAACUUUGUAAAUGGAGGUCUUCCUCAGCUUAGCGACCUGGGCAGCCACUUGCUGAAGGUUAAACAGGACGUCGCGGCCCUCAUACCCGAUGCGAACUUCUCCGGGCUCGCCGUCAUUGACUGGGAGAGGUGGCGGCCAAUCUUUGAGAGGGACAACUACAACAAUGUUCAGAGACAGUACAUAACGGCUUCCGAAGAUCUCGUGCGCAAGGCGCAUCCGGGAUGGUCUGACGAACGCGUUUAUGAGAAAGCGAGGCAAGAAUUUGAAAAUAGGGCAAGACAGUUCAUGGAGAGAACUCUCGUGCACUGCUCUAGCAUUCGUCCUCAAGGAAAAUGGGGCUUCUACGGAUUUCCAGGCUGCUAUAACAACCACAAUCAGAGGACAUGCGACACUAAAACUAUGGAACUGAAUGAUGAGCCAGACUGGAUGUUCCAGGCAAGCUCGGCCCUUUUCCCAUCCAUCUAUCUCCGAGAGAAGUUUGGCAACCACCAGGCACGUUAUGACAGGGUUCAUGGUAUCCUAGGGGAGGCGAUUCGUGUGAGCAACUUAUACGGAAGUCCUUAUCAGCCCCUUGUGGCGUACACACGAUUUAGAUAUGGCGACACUAGCGAGUUUUAUGAUGUGACUGAUCUGCAUAGCACACUUGGUCAGACGGCGGAAGCUGGGUACAACGGGGCUGCACUAUGGGACAGUCAUGCCUCGUUUGAAACACGUGACCAGUGCUUGGACAUGCGAAACUACCUUGACACCACUCUGGGACCGUUUCUAAAAGCUUUGCAAGACGCGGUGAACAAAUGCAGUCGAACUAAAUGCAGUGCACACGGACGAUGCAAAAAUAGAAUCAGAAGUAGGGACAGAGAAUAUGGAGACAAAUAUAAAAAUAAAACAAAGCCCUCGAGGGCCGUCUUGAGUAUUUGGGAAACGAUUGUUUCAGUAUUAAGGAUUUUUUGGUUCAUACUUUUGAAUUUUGUGAACGGAGAGCGUUCAUAUUUUGAAAACGUCGGUGAUGUAUCUUGUGAAUGCUUUCCUGGUUGGAAAGUAGCAACAAAACUGACAAAGACCACUGCUGUUAGUGUCGAUUGGCCCUGAAGUAUUCUUGUGACCCGUGAUGUGAUCUUAACCUUUAAAUAUGAGAAAAACCGAAAAGUUGUGUUAAUUUAUCGGGAACAUAAAACAUAUUAAUACAUAUGUAAUAUUGAAGCAAUAAUGAUUAUUUCUAUACUCUGUACUGUCCCUCAGUAAUCCUUGAAAUAAAAAAAAUGUUAAUAUAUCUCAUGAACAAACAAAAUUAACUAAGGGCAAUAACUCUUAACGAAAGCAAGUAAUGAUGCAAGUAAUUCUUAUUUCUCCUUAACCCAUAUAUGAUUACAUAAUGUUUCACAUGAAUUCCUUAAAUCUUGCCGAGUUAUAAAACACUGACGAAAUAGGUGUGGUCUUGGACUCCGCAUUUAUGGUAAUGUCAUAUAUCAAUGAAGAAAGUUGUGUUUAAAUAAUAAAAUAAUAAUUAUUUGAUUUAUUUAAAUCUGGCGAUUUUCUUUUUUGUGAGGCGUUAAGGUCCGUCCGUUUCGUGCUCUAAUUUAUUAUUGUGUCUGAUAAUUUAUACGACACGGCCGUUUUACCACUGGCGAUUGUAAAACGUAUUGCCACGGCAGUUAUUUAUCUCAGGAACUUUUAUUGGAUCUUGGUGGCAAAAAAUGUAAAAAUUAAAUGUAUCCCUCUUGUUCAUGCUUAUUGUUGCCUAACACGAUUAAAAAUUUUGAUCUAUAGUGUUCUACAAAAUUAUUUUGUAUUGGAUGUAAACGGUAAAACAUAUUGAUACAAUAUGAAACUUUAUUUGCUACGCAUUGUAUAAUGACGCUGAUGCACUCUUCGUGCACAUUUUCAUACAAUGGAAAUGUUGGUUGAUGGAAAUAUACGAUUUACUACAUAUUUUCAAUAUUUAUAUAUUAAACGCGGUGAAUGACAUGCUUUAUCAGCUCUGAGACCGAAAUUGUCCGAUGUUUGUUGACAAUAGGGCACCGGUAAAAACGACGUGCACAGGGAUCCUCAAUAAAGAUGUCAAGAAAAAAGCUUCCACGAUGUGUGUUUUGUAAGGAAUGUGAUUAGUUUUAUGUGUGCAAAGAUUCCGUUUAUGCACUAGAAACAGCACAAACCAUGUUCGUUAUUACUCUAGAUGACAAAAUGUGACUACAUGACCAUCACGUGAUCUCCCGCUCGGUUCAUUAAGAAACAGAACAAAAUGCUUUGCAUAGCGAAAGUGAUGCUCGUCAUUUUAAUGUGAACUAAGCGUAGAUUUUUUCGAUUUUAUUAGAUAAAGAUGAAGGAGUACAAUAUUGUACAAAUAUAAACACACCGAGUGUGCCUAGAAUAAGAAACAUUGUGAUAUAUGUGUGAAUAGAAUGUGACAUGCUCAUGACAUAAAUUAAUUAAUAUAAACGGAAUAAAGCACGACCCUCUAAACAAUACACUGGUAUUGUUAUUUGUUUCAGUAUUUAAAUAUACCAGGUCAUGCUUACAUCUUCUGAAAUGUUAUACUAAGAAAAUAUAUCUGAACCGAGUUCUGGUCUUGAAAAUUGUGUUUACAUGUAAUGAACUCUUGAAUACUUAACCAAAAUAUACAUUAUGGUACAUUUCAGACCAGAAUUUACGAAGUAUAGUUCUUAAUGUCAUUAAACAAUGUUUAUAAAAUUUGUUAAAUAUGUUCUACGCCGUUUCACUGUGUAAGUAUUUAUAUAUAAACAUGUUUUAUAAUUUGUAAUACACUUGAUGAUGUAUAAUCGUAUAUUUCCCGCUGCGAUCCAAUCUUGUCCGCUUUGUGUUAGAGAUGUUCCGAUGACAAUAAAGUGACCAAUCAAC